CGUAGGUAAAAGACUAAGGGCGAGUGAUAGAUGGAAGAGAGCAAUUUUGGAGGGAAAAUGGAGUUGCUGAAACUCUCCAGACUCAAACUCCAGCUUCGUGCCCUAAUCUCCGAAGUCAAAGAUCUCCGAGAAAGAGAACGAUCUGCUACAGAACAACUCCAUCAUUCAAAUCAGAAACAGAAGCAAUCAGAAGAGGAAUUCGGGAGGAAAUUGAAGGGAUUGGAAUCGGAACUAGCUUCAUCAAUUGAAAUACGGCAGAAAUUAGAAAGGAAGGUGAGUUAUCUCCAGAACGACAAUGCUUUGCUUGAGAGCAAGCAAAAGGGACUGAAUGACACAAUCCAAAGCCUUCUUCAAUCAAGGGAGCAAUUCGUAAAUGCCUAUCAGGAAUCAACAUAUGAUAUGAAACGUUCAAUUGAAGCAAGAGAUCGGAAGCUCAAGUUUUUCUCAGAGAAGCUAAAGUCUCACUUGUUACUGUUUGAUGCUAUAGAAAAAGAAGCAUUAUCCGUAAAGCAAGUUGUUGAUAGUGUACGUCAUGUUGUCGAUGAGAAAGAGGAAGUAGUAAAUAGCUUAAAAAGAAAGUUUGAUAGACUUCCUGAGGCUGAGAAAGUAUUUAAAGAAAAAAUAAAUGAAAUGGAAAAUAGGCUUGGGAAAUACAAGGAUGAGCUCCAGAGAAAAGAGAAGAUUAUCUCUGAGCUAGAAGCACAGCUCGAAGCACAAAGAAUUAGUAACAAAAAUCGAACAGAAGUGGAAACUCUUCAGAAAGCUCUAUCAAAGAAGGAAGCUAUCGUACAAAAUCUAAUAUCAGAGAAGCAGGGUCUGGAAUCUGAACUGAAGAGUUUAGGUGCUGUGUUGGAGAAAAUCCAGCAUGCUUUCAGAGAUAUGAAUGAGUUGCACGGACUAGGCAUUCUUAAAGAACCUCAUCAACAUAAAAUGGACAAAGAAGCAUUCCUUUCAAUAGUUGAAAGCAAGGAGAAAAGUUUUACGAUUCCUGAAGGGGAAAUGAGAAGGAUUAAAGAUUCUAAGGUUCACACUAAGAAGGAUGCUGAAUCUCUGCUUGUUUCGGGAGGUUUUGCAGGUUGCACAGCGUCUUCACAACGUAACCCGUGUGAUACAUACCCUCUUUCCAUAGAAAUUCCAGAGACAAAUGACAAGGAGUUCCAUACCGAAGAGCCUGCUUGCUCUACAACACAGUCAGUUUGUUCAGUUCCUGAAUCAACUACUACUGCUCAAACCAAGCCCAUUACUGAAGCAAAGUAUAAAUGCACAACCACAGCUUGCCAGGCGGAUUCUGAGUGUUCUACCACUCAAUCAGAAACUUGAUUACAUCCUAGCUAAGUUCAGACUAAGGAUACCAAUCAUACCAAUACCAUGGAAGUAGAAUUGGUUGAAAGUCAUACUACAUGAUACUCUCCAACCAUGUUUGGAGCCUUCGAGGUGUGGAGCUCAAGUGCUCAACCAACAUAUCCGAGUUCAAACUUGACAUCAUGUUAAACUGUUUAUUAGGAAGUCAACACGCCCUAUUAGGCUUAAACUUCAAGAUUCUGCUCUAGUUGGCCUAUAAUCUUGAUGCUAAAUACGGUUUAUGCCAUGCUUGCGUUGGUCAAUUCUAUGAUCCAUAUGGUCAUAUGGGAUCUUCAUAUCCUUCAUACUGGGGUAAGUUAUGAGAAAUGAAAUGCAGCCCUUUCUUAAAGUGUCAUAUUCCGAAUACAAAGAAGUGUAUAUAGAAAAUCCGGCUAAUUGUCUAACUGUUAGGCGAUUAAUAGAGGUUGAAUAUCGAUAACUGGUAAACUUGAGUUGAUGUUUUUAAUAAAAUUAAUCAAAGUCAAAACAUAACAUAACAUCAUUGUACCCUCUUAAAGAGGGAACUUAGAUACGGUUCAAUUUUGAGCAGGGCUGACUUCUUGAAAUUGAGUGCUUAAUAAC